GAUCUCAGCUUACAAACGAUGUAAAACCCAAUUGACUGAUGAGAUUGUAUGUUACUUCAAUUUUCACUCUCUCCUUUACCGACUUCCUAAUACAACGUUACGUGGGAACUACCCUGUAACAGGCUGUACUACUCCCACCUUCAGGAAAAAUGGCGACUGGACCAGAUUGUCAGUAUGUGACUCUUCUGAUUCUCCUCCACAGUUUAACCUCCGAGUCUGCAAAGUUUGACGUUCUGGGUCCAACUGAACCCAUUGUUGCUGUGACUGGUGAUGACAUCAUUCUGCCCUGUUACCUCAAACCCAACAUCAGUGUUGAGGACAUGACAGUGGACUGGCUGAACCUGGACUUCAUAGAUGAACAUGUCUAUCGAUACCAAAAUGGAAGAAUCAUACAAGAGGAUCAGAUUCCCUCUUACAAAGGAAGAACAUCACUGUUUAAAGAGGAACUGUGGAGGGGAAACACCUCUUUAAAACUGACCAGGGUACAAGGGACUGAUGAGGGACUUUAUGAAUGCUUAAUUAAGUCACAGAGGUGGUAUGAAUAUGUUCAAAUUCAAGUCCAUGUUAAAGCUGUAGGAUCCAGGCCAGUGGUGUCCAUUGAAGGACACAGAGAGGGAGGGAUGGGUCUGGUGUGUCAAUCUGAAGGCUGGCACCCUGAACCUGAUCUGGUGUGGCUGGACAGUAAAGGAGUCAGUCUCUCUGCUGGACCUCCUGAGACACACAGAGACAUAAAGGGAUUCUACACAGUCAAAAAACAUGUCAUUGUCCAGGAGACUGACACCAACCUCUUUACCUGUAGAGUCCAACAGAGACGAAUCAAUGAGGAGGUGGAGACAGAGGUUCACAUCCCUAGUGAAUUGUUUGAUUACACAACUCCAUGGAGAUGGUCCUUCAUUGUGUCAUGGUCUUUGGGAGUCAUCACUGUGAUUGGGUUACCUCUGGCUGUCUACUGGAUACAUAAAAAGAAAGCGUACCUAUGGACGAGGAAUGACAGGACUGAUGACCUCCCAGACCUUGGUGAGUAUCCCUCAUACAUACAGUGCCUAUGGAAAGUAUUCACACCCAGGGCUGUAGCCAGGAAUCCUGGGCCAUCUGAAAAUAUGCUGACUCGUCAUUGUCACUGAUCCAGCCCAUCCCCGUGGUGGCAACUUGACAAUGGUGUUGGAGCUGUUUACAGGAACGCACUCAUGGGUUACUGCAGCUGCAACACAAACAAUGUAUUUAAAAUGGUGCAUGAAUAAACCAUUGGUCUUACAUCAUAAGCCCCUACUACACAUUGUAUUCAUAUUUGAUCAAGAAAAAAAUUGCAUGGCAUUUGCAUAGCGUCCAACAGAAAGAAAAUUGGUGAGCAAAUUAGUGGUGUAUGUAUAAAUAUGAAAAAUGCAGUUACCUGUUACCACAGAGUAAACUGCUGCGUCCUGGAAGGUUUUAUCACACUCUUCCACCUUGUCCCUUCACGUUACAACAAGCUAUUAGUAUGUUGGUGAAGAGGCUGAGAAAACAUGCAGAAAAUUGGUCCUGGCAAAAACUUCUCCAAAAUCAGCUUUCCGCUUUCACUAUUCCUAAUGAGCCAUCUCUUUCCCCAUUCACUCUUUUUCUUUUCUAAGCGCAAAGAGGACUGCGAACAGAGCAGGCAAUGAGUAAAAAUUUUACUGCAUAAUUACAUUCUAUAUUCUGAGAAUGUGGCGAUUGUUUAAUAGCUGUCCAUACCUUUAUGGGUGCCGUCUAGAUUGUUCCUAGUAGUAAAUGUAGGGUAUAUUCUGUCACUGGUGAUUUAUGACCCUGGUGGGGCAGGGCUUCCGGUUUGGUAGGCGGGACUAAAGGUUUGUUUGGUGGUCUACACACCCCUGUUAAAAUGCCAGAUUUUUGUGAUG